AUUGCACAUCUUCGGAAGAGACAGUACGAUUCGCCCUGGAUGGCUGACGGUGGGGCCUGAACUGACCAAUAGCAACUUCAACGCCGAUUUGUAUGCCAGCUACUUUGCAAAUGGCCAAGUGACUACAGGCUGCACAGAGCGCAUAGAAGCCCUUCGCCCGAAGUCGCCCCCUCCGAAGGGCAAGGGAGCAUCCGGAGGACGAGGAAGGGGAGGCGCAUCCCGUGGAGGGUUUUCCCGAGGGCGGGGGCGGGGCAGAUAAUUUUUCUUUAGGCAUUAGGCCUUAGGCCGUUGAUUCAGUGCAAUAUGCAGUUUUAUAGGUUCACGAAACCUCUCUGAGACACGAAACCUCUCUGUUGGUCACAAGUUGAAUAUGGUCACAUGUUGAAUAUGGUCACAAAGCAGAUUCUGAAUUUGCGUCUUUUUAACAUUAUAUUUUUAAUUUUUUUAGAUUGUCAGAAGUAAGUAUUUCAUUAAUGAAGUUUCUUCUGGGGUUUCCUUAUUUUAUUGCUUCUGUGAUUCUAUUCUUGUUUUAUAAUAUAUCUUGACGUGUUAACAAUCUGUGACCAGAUUGAAAGGCAAUUUUUCCAAAUGACAUUUUCCGAGGUCUUGCUGACUUUUCUUUGAAGGGUAUUCAGUUGUUAUUUCUUAUUGAGAUGAACUGAUAUGACUGUAAAUGUUGAAAUCGGUUACCCUUCGGCUUUUCCUUGUGUUACAAAUUGUUUUACUUUAAUUAAUUAGACAUUUCUUGUGAACUUAUUAUUGUAAUGCACCUAAACUCAGCAUUGUGAAAUAUAACUGAAUUGAUAUUGUUGAAUUGAACUGUCUAUAUACAGAGGAUACUUCCACCAUAAUUUGUUUCUUCUUCAAAGCUAAACUGUGACAUCUGAAACACAUGCUUUCCUACUGAUCAGAUUUCAUAUAAUUCAAAGAUUUUUUCUUUACCUAUUGUUUAAUAGUUUUAUUGUAACCAGAAGGCAUUCAUUUCUGAAAGUAUGGUUCUUAUUUAUUUCAAAAGAAGUAACUGCUAUUUUUCCUACUGACUAAUGCAGCAAGGAUGUGCAAUAAAUGUUUUAAAUGACUUCUUAGAAGGGGCUAAUGGAACCAGUGAGUGGAAACUGAUGAUUACCCACAAUUAACUUCAAGAAUGCUGUUGAAAAACUAGCCAAAAACAAGAUGGUCAUAUAUUUAGGAGAGCAUUUACAGAAAUGAUAAUAUUUUUUCAAUUUUCUGUCUAUUCUUACUUAUAAAAUUGUGUACAAUUCCUCUAGAAUGUAAACUUGAAACCCUAUGCUCAAUACGAUCUUAGAUUAUAAUAUAAUAUUAUAUAAUAUAUAUUAUUAUAUUAUAACUUUCACAGAAUUUAAGUUACAUUGUAUUAUUUCUUGUGUUCCUGUGAUGAUAAUACUCUAAUUUCACCAUUUAGGGUAAUGAGCCAGUAUAGCUUCUGUAAUGUAAUGAAUAAGGAAAUAACCUUUAUUCAUUGUAAUGAAGAUAUGAAUGUUCACAAGCAUUAGUUUUUAUUUCAUCCCAGGUUUUGUUCCUAAUUUUGUUAAUCAUUUGGUUGAAAUAUAUGAAACCAAUGCUUUCUAAAUUUAAACACUGAAUGAAGUUAUGGGUUUGAAAAUCAGUCCUUCCUGUUUGAGGAGUUUCUGUGGACAAGAACUGUAUGUUUGAUGUAUUGAAUAAAGGCCUGUUUUAUUGGAAAGAAGUAUUGACUUGAAAUAAAAUCAUGAAUUUAUGAAGGAAGAGUUGCUAUCAUUUAGAGAGAAUCUAAUAUUUUUCUGAUCAUUGCCUCAAUAAUUUUUCAUUGUUGUAUCAUGAAAUAGUGGAGUUUGUAAUAUUUUAAAUAUUGCAGGUAAUAUUUUAAAUAUUAAAGUGAUCUGACAGUGUUAUGUGUGAUGCACAUCAGAAGUUGUUGAAAAACAUGUGAGUUUAAAUAAAUACAAAAUAAAUAAA